CUGAGCGGGGAGUUGCGGCCCCGAGGCUGAGGGGGCGGCGGGCAGGUCCCGGCCGCCCCUGCCCGCCCGAGGGGCGCCGGGCUGCCGGAGGAUGCGGUUCGUAGUCUCAAGUGUGUUUUAACCCUUUACCCACAGAUUUUAAGGAUAACCUAAACAAAGUGUACGAAGCCAUUGAAGAGUCGGACUUCCUGGCCAUCGAUGGAGAGUUUUCAGGUAGAGUUGCACCUAUUUUGUGAUUGUGACCUGUUGGCAGUGUCUGAGGGGGGGUGGUUUGGCGUCGGUGCCCGAGUUCGCUUCUGUGAUGUGUCUUAGGGCUGGCUUGAAAAAGCUGAAGCUGAGGCUACCACAAAUGAUCAACCAGUUGUUACACGUGCGAUAGCAAGGCUUUGGUCCGAGGAAUCAGUGAUGGGCCUUCAGUUAGUGCAUUAACAAAUGGCUUUGACACUCCAGAAGAAAGGUAUCAGAAACUUAAAAAGCAUUCCAUGGAUUUUUUGCUCUUUCAGUUUGGCCUUUGCACUUUUAAAUAUGAUGACACAGAAGAAAAGUAUAUAAUGAAGUCAUUUAACUUCUAUAUUUUUCCAAAACCCUUUAACAGAAAUUCACCAGAUGUCAAGUUUGUCUGUCAGAGUUCAAGUAUAGAUUUUUUAGCAAACCAAGGAUUUGAUUUUAAUAAAGUUUUUCGCAAUGGAAUUCCAUAUUUAAAUCAGGAAGAAGAGAGACAGCUAAGGGAACAGUAUGAUGAAAAACGUUCUCAAGCCAACGGUGCAGGAUCUCUGUCAUACAUUUCUCCUAAUUCCACAAAGUGCCCUGUAACAAUUCCUGAAGAUCAGAAAAAAUUUGUUGAGAAAGUAGUGGAACAAAUAGAAGAUUUAUUAAAGAAUGAAGAAAGUGAAAGUUUGGAACUGGAGCCAUGUACAGGAUUUCAGAGGAAAUUAAUUUAUCAGACCUUGAGCUGGAAAUAUCCAAAAGGUAUCCACGUGGAAACUCUAGAGUCAGAUAAGAAAGAGAGAUAUAUUGUAAUUACUAAGGUAGAUGAAGAGGAACGAAAAAGAAGAGAGCAGCAAAAACAAGCAAAAGAACAGGAAGAAUUGAAUGAUGCUGUAGGAUUUUCCAGAGUUGUUCAUGCCAUUGCUAAUUCUGGCAAGCUUGUUAUUGGGCACAACAUGCUGCUGGAUGUUAUGCACACCAUACAUCAAUUCUAUUGUCCUCUACCUGAUGACCUAAGUGAGUUCAAGGAAGUGACAUCAUGUGUCUUUCCCCGGUUACUGGAUACUAAACUGAUGGCAAGUACACAACCUUUUAAGGAGAUCAUUAAUAAUACAUCACUUGCAGAACUGGAAAAGCGUUUAAAAGAGGUUCCAUUCAGCCCUCCUAAAGUUGAAAGUGCAGAAGGAUUUCCAAGUUAUGAUACAGCAUCUGAACAGCUCCAUGAAGCAGGAUACGAUGCUUACAUUACUGGACUGUGCUUCAUUUCCAUGGCUAAUUUCCUAGGUUCAUUCCUCAGUCCUCCGAAAAACCAUGUGUCUGCUAGAUCAAAACUCAUUGAACCUUUUUUUAACAAGCUAUUUCUUAUGAGAGUAAUGGACAUUCCGUAUCUCAAUUUGGAAGGACCAGACUUGCAGCCCAAACGAGAUCAUGUUCUUCAUGUUACUUUUCCCAAAGAGUGGAAGACUAGUGACCUAUACCAGCUUUUCAGUGCCUUUGGUAACAUUCAGGUUUCAUGGAUUGAUGAUACAUCAGCAUUUGUAUCAUUGAGCCAGCCAGAGCAAGUACAAAUAGCUGUAAACACCAGCCAGUAUGCUGAAAGUUAUAGGAUCCAGACAUAUGCAGAAUAUGUGGAGAAAAAACAUGAAGAAAAACAGGCCAAGAGAAAAUGUACAGAAGAUAGUUGGAAGGAGAUGGAGAGGAAGAGGUUAAAAACCCAGUGCGCACCUUACGUUUCCCAGAGUCGAUACUACUGUGUUAACAGUUUUACAGGUACCAGUACAGUAGGAAAGAGAAGCAUGAGUCCUAUUGAGGAAGAAACUGGUUCUGAUGAUAUGGAAGAGGGAGAAGGCCAAAAUCCAGAAAAUGAUCAGACAGAUUCCUGUGCAGAUUCCCUUCCAGAUGUUAAGAAGAAACCCAAAAAGUUGAAGAAGAUCAAGACAGAAAAAGUUCCAGCAGGAAGCCUCACAACUAGCUCCACUGGAAUUUUUGAGGUCCCUGAAACAUGGUAGGAAACAACUGCCUUAACACGUGGAAUUGAUUGAAAGCAGUUGAGAGAAUACACCUCUUGGAAGCCAUACUUUAUUUAAAUAAAGUGGUGUUAACAAAGCAGUAUCUGUCCUGAACAUCAGUUUAAUUACUUUGAACUGUUUCUUGAACAAUCACUGUCAGUUUUACUCGUGUGUAUAUCGCCUAGUAUAUGACUUGUUGUUGAUCCUGUGAAAUCCUUGUUGUUGUAACUGAUGCUAGGUUUAAGAAGCAAGACUCUAUGUCAUUUGGUCACCUCCUUUGGCAUGCUGGCUAUGAACUGUACAAGAACUGGCAUUCUGUGAUUUUGUGCUAGGCUGUUUCCUUUGCUUGGGGACUUACCACCAUGCUCCUAAUAUUUAUCUGUUUUUUCAGGCAGCAUCAGUAUGCGUCAGCAUUCUGGAAACAGGUAGAACUGCAGUUUCACUUACUGCUUUCUACCUCUUACCUUAUCCAGGAACAUUUUUUAAAUUUCUGUUUCCUACCCCCACACCCAGUGCAGGUGGUAUUCAUCUAAAUAUCAGCCUUACACAUACCUUACCCUUUCAAAAAACUGUAACUUUAAAGUUUCUCAAACAUUCAUUUCCUGGUGGGAGGUAGUUUUCUUUGUUUUCACAUCCGUUGUUUCCACUUUUAAAACCUGACUUUGUAAAAAAUGUUUUUGGUACCUGUGAUAAACCUGCUAACUGCACCAGCCCUUUAUUUGUUUAAAAAAGGAUCUGCAUUGGUAGAUUUCAGAAAAUGUUUGAUAUUUAAAUUUUUGUAUUAUGGAAAUAAAACCAAAAUAUGUAUUUCCAUACCAUGAAAAUUAAAUACAUUUUCUUAGGAACUGGUUUGUUUUUAUUUAUUAGCAUAUGAAAUGGUUUGAGUGAAAGU